AUGGCCGAUUCAGCUGGCCUUCGCACUAGGAGCGCCGCCGCAAAGGCGGCCGCUGCCACUCCGAAUGGCAAGAGCAAAGCUCCCACCGACGCUCAAAAGCGUGCUGCUGUUCAGGACGAAGAGGAUUUCGAGGAGAAGAAAAACUACAGGCCAAACCAUUCCUAUCUUCACGUCGAUCUCAACGAUGAUCAGAUCUUGGGCGGAGGCAAGCAGCAGACCAUCGUCAAGUACUCUCCCGGUAUUGUCAUCUCGGAACAGGGUCGCGAGACCGACAGGAAGCUCGACGAACAUUCGGACUGGGAGUUUGGCGGUCCCUGGGGUGUCACUGCCAUGAUGACGCUCUUCCCGCUGCUCAUGUACUACCUCUGGAUCUGUCUCUGGUUCUACGACGGCAAACUUGUGCUGCCUAACUCGCUCAAUGACAUUUGGCCUUUCCUCCAACGUAUGGGUGCCCACGUCCGCGACGACGCCUUCCCUACUAAGCGCGCUUUCGCUGGCUACGGUGGCCUCAUGCUCUUCCAGUUCUUCUUGGCCGUCGUCAUGCCCGGCUACAUGCAGGAAGGCUUGCCUGUCCCCUCGCUCGGUUAUAAGACGCUCAUGUACAAGUGUAAUGCGCUCUCGUCGUUCUACGUCACCCUUAUCACCUGUGCUGUGCUCCACACCACGGGUCUCUACCGUCUCACCACCAUUAUCGAGCACUUUGGUGAAUACAUGACCGUCUCCAUGAUUGCCGGCUACGCCGUCUCAGCCGCUACCUACUACCACGCCGUUUUCACCAACACCACCCACCGCAUGUCGGGCAACUUUGCAUACGAUUUUUUCAUGGGCGCUGCGCUCAACCCUCGAAUCGGCUCGGUCGAUCUCAAGAUGUGGGCCGAGGUUCGCAUUCCGUGGGUCUUGCUUUUCCUCAUCAGCGUCAGUGGCGCGUGCAAGCAGUAUGAGGUGUACGGCUACGUGACGCCCAACAUGGCCUUCAUGGUUCUCGCAACGGGUCUCUACAUCAACGCCUGCGGUAAGGGCGAGGAGUGCAUCCCGCAGACCUGGGACAUGUUUCAUGAGAAAUGGGGCUUCAUGGUCAUCUUUUGGAACUUUGCCGGUGUUCCGUUCACCUACUGCUACAGCAUCGUUUACAUGGCUGCUCACCCGCCUUCGUACUACAAAUUCAGCACGCCAACAUACGUCUUUAUGUUUUCGCUCCUCCUCUUCGCCCACUAUGUCUUCGACUCGUCCAUGGCUCAAAAGUCGCGCUUCCGCAUGCAGCUGCAGGGCACGUUCAAGUACCGAUGGACCUUCCCGCAAUGGCCUUGGUCGACGCUCAAGGACCCUCGCUACCUGCAAACCGAGCACGGAAAUGCGUUGCUCAUCGAUGGCUGGUGGCAGUUCCUCCGCGAACCUAACUACACGGCUGACUGGACUCAGGCUUUCCUAUGGGGCGCCAUUGCCGGUACGCGCUCCAUUAUUCCUUACUACUACUCGGUCUUCUUCCUUGCUGUACUCACACACAGGUGCGGAAGAGACUUUGAGAGGUGCAGUAAGAAGUACGGCAAGGACUGGGACAAGUACUGCACGAUUGUCAAGUACGCUUUCAUUCCUUUCGUGUACUAG